AUGGUUUACAACGACGAUGGCGACGAAAGCGUGGACACUGGUGCAUACGUGUCAUCCUCCGGAGAACGAUCGCCACAGGCUCGAGUACACAAGGACGGCUGGGUUGCUUUAGAGAACUCAGGUGUAACGCCUCGCACUCAAGCGGGUAGGGCACCACGACCGCCAUUCAGACUUAGCACCGAGAUGCUCGUCGGCAAACAGAUGCUACUGCACUUCGGUGUGCUGGCAUUCUAUCUCAUGCUCUUCAUCGUCUGGCUGCUGGGUGCAGAGCAGAAGGUCGAAGUGAGCCUGGAAAGCGCUACGCAUCUUCAGACGGUCAUUAACUUGAUCAACCACAUCGUCAUGCUAUUAUUCUCUAUCGCCAUAGUCGCUGUCAUGCAGCCUAUCUCAACCCUUGCGAUCUUCGAUAACCUUCCUCAACCGCUCACGACGUUGUCCGACCGGAUGACGGCCUGGCAUGGGCUUGGAUCUUCCAUCGUCAAUCUGUGGCACAACUACCGUUUCAACGCGGCAUUCUUGGACGUCUUCUUGAUCACCGUCUACCUCGCGACUCUCUCGGGCCUCGGAAUCAGCUCGUCCUUCAUCUUCAAUGUCCCGACAGUCAACUCCACGGAGACUGUGUUCCGCCCCGCGCGGCCGGCUAGUAUCGCUCUAGAGGCGCUCUUGCCCCCCGGCUUGACCGACACACCAACAGACUUCUCCGACGUGACCUUCGAUUGGUAUAUGACCAGCAUGAGCCUUCAAGGCAACUCAUUCCUCAACGGCGGUCAGUCCUUCUGGGGCAUGGACGGGAGUCGCGCUAUGGUGUUCGACUCUUUGAGUGAGACCUUUUCACCUCCCCAUACUGGGUAUGCCGAUGUCAAUUACACGCGGUUCUAUUCAUCCUGUGGGAGCAUUCCACAUGCCUCUCUAUCGGCGACUGCAUUUGGCAACAUCAGCGCCGACUUCCGCCUGCCGAUUCUUCUCACGCUCAACUACACCCUCGGAUCUGAGCCGAUGACACUACACGAUACCAUGACUUUGUCCUUCGGAAACGCAUCCGAUGUAGCCAAUCAGUUGUGGUACCCAUCACGUACAUAUGUGCGCGUACCGGACAGUCGCGUCAUUCCGGGCAUCGGGAGAAACCUCAUCCUCUACAACAUCUACAACGGCAACGUCACCGGCCUGGCGCCAGUGCCCGGUAAUGGUAGUCGACCCAUCCUAGAUUCCCAAAAUUCAACAGGUCCCUCAUGGCCGCUUGUCGUGCAGCGCCCUGACGGGGCUCCCCCGCUCACUACGGGACUAAUGAUUCAAGCCAUCGGGUGCUCAGUGUAUACGGCCACCGGCCGGUCGAGAUUAGACGCUACCACAAACAUGUUGGACGUCAGUGCGGAUGCCUUCGAUGGCUUAGUGAACUGGUGUGACCCUGUUGCCGUACCCAGUUCCUGGGAAGCAGAUUGGCAACCCGACUUGACGAAGUCCACAAAACCGGAGGACAUGUGGGCGUCGAUGUUCCUGCCCAAUAACAUGGUAGGCCUGUGGCGCGAUCAACCUGUCCCUAUCGGGAACCAAUGGUCUUGCGUUGACUAUCUACCGGCGUUGGGUGCAAAUGGUACAGUCGAGAACCGAUGGAACCUGUCUCGUCUGCAGGAUAUGUAUCAGCAAUGUCACGUGCCUACGCUCAUAGAGAGCGUCUUGACAGAAGCUAUCACCGGCGACGAUCAGCCCUCCUAUAUCCCUUGGCUUGAAUGGGUCCUAGCAUAUACCACGGCCCUGACGAUGUGGUCCGCUACGGAUGUCCCCGGUACACUCAAAACAUAUACGACUACUGCAAGUAUUCGCCAGCAAUUCAGAUCGAUAGCUCGUUUGACCAUUGCACAGGGCCCUUAUUCGGAACGGGAUGUCAUUACACCCUCCUUUGACAUGAGGGUCACGCGUCAUAUUCUCGUGGGUCGUCUGUCGUUCAACGUUUACAUGUUGUUCGUUGGUAUGGCAUUGGCCAUUCUCAUGGUGGUGCUGGGAGCGUAUAUCCUGGGUACGACGGAUGCUUCCGGAAGACCCGCACCCAUCGACGACGUGACGUUACUGAGCUUGAUGACGCUGGAUAACUCUGCCAUAGCAACCCGCACGCAAUUUGCUGGAGUUCAAAGCGAUGGCGCAGAGGCACAGCGGCGUGCAGGAAUGUUCCUUGUCAAUGUUGAGAACCAUUUCGAUGGCGGUGGAAAGGAGGGCAUGGUGGACGACGGUACAACCGUGACCAAACCUGCUCGACUGGUGGUUGUCGAUUACGAGCACACUGAAGCGAGAAGAGAUAGAAUGUGA